ACCUAUAAUCCUCCUUACCCUCAAUUGCGCUCUCUCCCUCUCUCGUGCCUCCGAACGAACAAAGUAGUCGAUAAAAAAAGGUUAUUUUUUCCUCCCUCACCCCUCUUGGCGUCUUCCGAACUGUUGUUCAUCAAUCAUGGCGGGUAGAAACAAUGCCGAUGUUCGCAGUCACCUCUCUGUCAACACUCUUCAGCAGAUUCCCAAAGAUGUGCAAGGAUCUGAUAACCCUAUCCCUCUUUCACCUCAAUGGCUUUUGUCAAAGCCUGUGGAGAAUAAGCCUGGAACAGUGACUGGGGAAUCGCAUAUUAGUCCAGGUCCAGGUUAUAUCACUCGUGCAGAUAUCUCUAAAUCAUUUGGAAAUGGAGAGGAAAUUAGUGAUACUGAAAAGAAAAGGGAUGUUUUCAGGCCAACUUUGCAUGACACUGAAUCUGGUCAUCGCGACCACUGGCGUGAUGAAGAACGAGACACCAACUCCUUUGUCCGCAGAGAUCGUUGGAGGGAGGGGGAGAAAGAGCUUGGUGAUACCUGCAAGAUGGAUAGGUGGACUGAAAACCCUUCUGCUAGACAUGCUGGGGAAGCACGCYGUGGCCCAUCUGAACGGUGGGCUGAUUUGAAUAACAAGGAAAGUAAUUAUGAGCAACGCCGUGAGAGCAAAUGGAACACACGCUGGGGGCCCGAAGAUAAGGAGUCAGACAGUAGGCGUGAGAAGUGGAUGGAUUCUAACAGAGAUGGUGAUGCUCCUCGUGAUAAAGGAUUUUCACAUCUAACAAAUCAUGGCAAGGAGGACAGGGAGGGGGAUUACUAUCGGUCAUGGCGAUCUAACGCCUCCCAAGGUCGAGGAAAAGUAGAUUCUAAUCACCAAACUUUAACACCUAGCAAGCAAAGUCCUACUUUUGGCUACAUUAGGGGGAGGGGAGAAAAUUCCUCUUCAACCUUUUCUGUUGGCCGUGGAAGGGUCAGCUCUGCAGGAAGUCCUGUGAACAGCAUAUCUUAUUCUCAUUCUUUAGGUUCUGUGUCAGACAAGAGUGAAAGUAUGCAUGGAGACACGUCCUUUUUAAGAUAUAGUAGGAACAAAAUGUUAGAUCUAUACAGGAUGAUUGAUGUGAGGUCUUAUAGAAAGCCAUUAGACGGGUUUAUAGAAGUGCCUUCUCUUACACAGUUGGAGCCACUGGAACCUCUUGCAUUUUCUGCUCCUACUCCGGAGGAAUUGGUUAUCUUGAAAGGAAUUGACAAGGGGGAUAUAGUAACUAGUGGUACUGCUUCGGCUCCUAAAGAUGGUUCCGUUGGGCGGAAUUCUACAGAUGUCAUGCAACCUAGAAGAAAGCUUGGUAGUAGAGAGUAUUUACCAUCUGAGAUUGACAAUUACAAAGAUGAUAGUGCUGACAAGUCAAAAAGUGUCCAUUUUGAUUAUUCUGAGAGUCAUUCCCAUGAAAAGUUCAAGCACCCAUAUGAUUCUAACUCAAAGUCAGAAACAAUUCAGAGACUUCAGGCAUAUCAUGAUAACAAGUUCAUUGGAGAAGGUACUCCUUAUGCAGUGUAUAGAGAAGAUGGCAUUCCCAACAAGAAAGCUGAUGAGGUUGGAGUUUGUAGCGAAGUGAAUGCCCAGGGAAAUUCUUCCAUUCAUCCAAGUGUCCCAUGGAGAUCUCAGUCACUGGGUGAAGGCUCACAUAUCCCAUUGCAUGAUAAUAGAGAUUUCCCAACUGAGGUCAGGUCAAGAAGCUCAGAUGUGGGCUGGUCACAUCCACAGAAGGAUCAGAGUACAGAAUGGGAGAACAAUUCUAAGCUUCCAUCAUCUUACUAUAAAGAUGAACCAAACUGGCAAGUUGGUGAGGGUUUUCAUACGGAUAUUGGCCGUGAUUCCAUUGUCAAAAGACAACCAUCUGAAGUCCUAGACAAGGAACGGGAAGGCAGAAAGUUUCUGCUACAGCCAUCUCCAGAGGAAUUAUCCCUGUACUACAAAGAUCCACAAGGCGAAAUUCAAGGCCCUUUCUCUGGUUUUGAUCUUAUUGGAUGGUUUGAGGCUGGAUAUUUUGGCAUAGAUUUGCAGGUUCGCUUAGCAAAUGCUCCACCUGAUGCUUCUUUCUCAUUGCUUGGGGAUGUCAUGCCACAUUUGCGAGCGAAAGCAAGGCCCCCACCAGGAUUCAAUGCACCAAAACAGAAUGAAGUUUCAGAAACAUUGAGUAGGCCAAAGUUUGGUAGCCUUGAAAAGCUUCACAUGGGUUCAGGUGAGAUUGAUACUGUAAAGAAUGAGCCAAGGAAUAGACAGGAGUCGAUGACUGGGGCCGAGAACAAAUUCUUGGAAUCACUCAUGUCUGGUACCAUGAAAAGUUCCCCACUGGAGAAGUUUUCUUUCUCUGAAGGUAUGCAGGGAUAUAUUGGGAAUAAUUCUGGUGCACUGCCCCUGAUGAGAGUAGAAAAUGGAAAUGACCUAAAUUACCUUUUGUCCCAGAGAAUGUCUCUGGAACAGCAGAGAUCUCUACCGAAUCCUCAUACAUAUUGGACAGGAAGAGAUGCUUCAUCCAUGGUGUCAAAGGCGGAGAUCAUCCCUGAUUCUCCUUCACCAAAUGCAAAGCUCCAUUCUCCAGUGGUAGAUAACAAUCAUCAAAUUCCUCAUCUUCAGAAUGUGGACUUGCUAUCUAUGCUACAAGGUUCGUCCGACAAGUCAUCUUCUGGUGUCAAUAAUGGAGUUGCUGGUUGGUCAAAUUUUCCUGUUCAAGGUGGUUUGGACAUGCGCCAGGAUAAGUUGGACUUGCAUCAUAAUCAGCAUUUCCCUCCACAAGCUGCAUUUGGGAUUCAACAGCAGAGACUACAGCAACAGAAUCAGCUAUCUUUAUCAAAUCUAAUUACUCAAACUGUAGAUCAUUCUUCUGGCAUUGUAGCCCCUGAUAAACUUCUGUCUUCUGGUAUCUCUCAAGAUCCACAAAUGUUAGCUAUAUUGCAACAACAGUACAUGUUGUCCCAACUUCAGUUACAAUCACAGGCACCUGUUCCCACACAAUUGUCCCUUCUGGAGAAAUUCUUAUUACUUAAACAACAACAGAAACAGGAAGAAGAACAGAAAAUUUUGCGGCAGCAACAGCAUCUUCUUUCUCAGGUUUUAUCUGAGCAUCAGUCCCGUCAGCACUUUGUGGAUCCAUAUGCAAAUAUCCAGGCAGCUGCUAUGCCAGCAGGAAAUGCUCCAGUUGAGCAUGUUGGGCUUAAGUCUCCACGUGAGGUGCUUCUGAUUAAUUCACAGAUACCAGUGUCCAAUUUACAAGAUAGUCAAACAUCUAACUUUGCUACCUUGCCUUCACAACCUUCACAACCUUCACAGAAUGUUGGUUACACUAGUAGUUGUGAUGCAUCUUCUCUUCACCUACCGCAUCACAUUCUUGAUAGUACAACCUCUCUGAAAGGUUGGGACGCUACUUGUUCAGAACAGAUUGAUAGUAUUCAACAAAAUGAUUCACGAUUGGUGCAAAGGAUGGAAGAUGGUUCAUCCUUAACUAAGGUUAUGGAAGAGCCUCCAGAUGAGCCUGCUUUUCUGCAGAAAAAUGGGCACUUUUCAGACAACUGUGCCUCUGUAGCUGAAGAGCAGAUGUCUCAGAAUAUUCACGCAAUUGAUGAACCUGUUGCAGUUCUUAAUACUGAAGCUGAUGCAAGUUCUGUACCUCCAAUUUAUGUAGGAACUCAUCCCAAUGUACCAUCACCAUACAAUGGCAAAGAUGAAAAUUAUAUGCUCAAACAAAACAAGGAUAUGGAUGUGGUGUCAGGUGUUCUUGAAGAACCUCAGGUACAGAAAGAACUAUUUGAAAGUGGGUCUCCCAAGGCAAAAGAAGUAAAAAAUAUUGAAGCACGUGAGACAAAGAAAAAUUCUGAGAAGAAGUCCAGAAAACAAAAGGCUGCAAAAGCUCAAGCCUCAUCAGGGCAAGCCAAGGAAAUGCCCAAAUUAUCUCCUUUGCCACAGUUGAAGCAAUCUGAAGGUGAGGGAACACAACUUCUGGACAUAAAAUUUGAGGCAGACAUGGAUGCACAAGAAAGUCUCCAUGGGACAUCAUUGGCUAAAACAGGAGAUGAUGGAACUGGGAAAUCUGCCAUAGAAAUAAUGGGCUCACAAGAAGCUAAAAGCUCAUUACCUAAAAGCAUUUCUAGUAAUGAAAUCUUUUCUGUUGAUAGCAAUGGUGAAGGAAAAAACAUUGAAUCUUUGUCUUUGCAAAGCACACAAACAAAUUCAAGUCAUAGAUCUUGGAAACCUGCUCCUGGUCUAAAGCCAAAGUCACUCUUGGAGAUACAACAGGAAGAGCAAAGGAAGGCACAGAUGGAAGUAGCUGUUUCUGAGAUUGCCACAUCUGUUAACUCCAUGAGUUCCUUAACCGCUUGGGCUGAGGUUCUGACUAAUACAGAGCCUAAGAUUGUUAGAGAUUAUUAUCAAGAUUCUGUCGGUGCACAACCUGUUGCUGGGAGCUCUGGAAAUGCUAUGAAUCUGAAGAGUAAGAAGAGUCAGUUGCAUGAUCUAUUGGCAGAAGAAGUUUUGGCAAAGUCUAAUGAAGAAGCUUCAGAUGUGUCUGACAAUUUGUCUAAGUUGCCUUCAUUAGUAGUUACUACUACCCAAAUGGAUUUGGUUGAUUAUGAUGACUUUAUUGAGGCGAAAGACACUAAAAAGAACCGUAAAAAGUCUGCAAAGGGCAAAGGUGUUGGAGUUAAGACUCCUGUUGCUUCUUCUGAUGUCUCUGUUGCAUCAAGUCCUAUUGAGAAAGCAAAAAGUUCUCGUCAGGUACAGUUGGAGAAGGAUGUAUUACCUGCUCCACCAACCGGUCCUUCUUUAGGAGAUUUUGUCUUUUGGAAGGGGGAAGCCACAAAUCCUCCACCUGCUCCAGCUUGGUCUACUGACUCGGGGAAGCUUACUAAGCCCACAUCUUUGAGGGAAAUUCAGAAAGAACAAGAGAAAAAGGUGUCUUCUGCCCAGCACCAAAUCCAGAUUCCGACUCCACAAAAACCUCAGCCAACCCGGGGUACCCGUGGAAAUGGUUCUUCAUGGUCACUUUCUGGAUCAUCUCCAUCUAAGGUUGCAUCUCCUGUACAGACUAGUUCCCUUACUUUGGCUCAGUCAAAGUCCAAGUUGGAAGAUGAUUUCUUCUGGGGCCCUCUUGAUCAAUCAAAACAUGAACCCAAACAGCUAGAUUUCCCAUCUCUUGCAAAGCAAAGCAGUUGGGGAUUGAAAAACACUGCUGCUGUCAAAGGAACUGUGGGAGGAUCAUCAAGUCGUCAGAAGUCCUUUGUCAGCAGAUCGUCGGAAAGUACUCUUACCUCCUCUCCUUCUAUUUCUCAAUCAUCCUUAAAAGGGAAGAGAGUGAACCUGGCCAAAUAUUCAGAGGCCAUGGACUUCAGAGAUUGGUGUGAGAGCGAAUGCAUUAGGCUGACUGGCACAAAGGAUACAAGUUUCCUGGAAUUUUGUUUGAAGCAAUCAACUUCAGAGGCAGAAACAUUCUUGAUAGAGAACCUUGGCUCCUUUGAUCCCGACCAUGAGUUCAUCGACAUGUUCCUCAAUUACAAGGAGUUGUUGCCAGCGGAUGUGCUUGAGAUUGCUUUUCAAGCUCGGAAUGACGAGAAAUUAACUGGGUUUACUUCUGCUGAUGUAAAUAUUGACAAAGCAGGAAAUGGGGACAUUGAACCAGAUAUAGCAGUGGGUCCGGAUGUGUCGACAAAAGGGGGAGGGAAGAAAAAGGGAAAGAAAGGGAAGAAAGUUAGCCCAUCAGUUUUAGGGUUUAAUGUUGUUAGUAACCGCAUCAUGAUGGGUGAGAUUCAGAAUGUGGAAGAUUAGGGUAGGUGAAAAGGCGGUUGUAAAUACGUUGUCUGCAGAAGUCUGUAAAUGUUCUUGUUAGGAAUUCUUUUUCCCUAAUUUAUAGAGCGUUAGGGACGGAGUUACCAGUUCACGCGGUUUUGUCGCAUUUUGGAAGCAACAGAGCCCAUGCGAUUUUGCUGUUUAUCAAUGAAAGAAAAAGAAGGCUAAUCAAACAAUACUUUUUUUAUCUUUC